AUGCCAGGACGUCUCCAGAACAAGGUUGCUCUCGUGACUGGUGCCGGAUCGGGUAUCGGCUUAGAAUCGUCCAUUCUGUUCGCCUCGGAAGGCGCUAACGUUUUACUCGUGGAUAUAAACUUGAACAAUGCUCAAAAGGGUGCUGCCAUCAUUGCUGAACGUUAUCCAAACGUCAAGGCCCUUGCAACCAAGGCAGAUGUUGGAAAGGAAGUAGACGUAAAGGCUGCUGUUGAGAAAGCCGUGAAGGAAUUUGGCAGGCUGGAUGUCAUGGUGAAGAAAAUUCUACACCUUCUGUGUAUUUCUCUUUUCGUUGAUUCGAACUUUCCAUCCCAGUUCAAUAAUGCCGGCAUUAUGCACCCCGAGGACGAUAAUGCCCUGAAUACGGAAGAGCGCAUUUGGGAUUUGACUAUGCAAAUAAAUCUCAAAGGCGUUUGGUGGGGAUGUAAAUAUGCCAUUACCGCCAUGCGAGAGAACCCAACGGAUGAAUCGAAAGGUCUUCACGUCGGCGGGAGCAUCAUUAAUACUGCCAGUUUUGUGGCUCUGAUGGGAGCGGCUACGCCCCAACUGGCAUAUACUGCUUCCAAGGGUGGCGUCCUUGCUAUGACGCGCGAACUGGCCAUAGUUCAUGCUAGAGAAGGCAUCCGAAUCAACUCUCUUUGCCCCGGCCCCCUUAAGACACCUUUGUUGAUGGAUUUCCUCAACACCGAAGAGAAACGACAACGCCGCUUGGUGCAUCUUCCUAUGGGUCGCUUCGGCGAAGCAGUUGAGCUCGCAAAAGCAGCUCUUUUCUUGGCCAGUGACGAAAGUAGCUACGUGACGGGCGCCGAUUUUACUGUCGAUGGUGGACUUUCUUCGGCCUACGUCACUCCCGUUGGAGAACCCGUUCUCAGCCCUCCUGCAAGUUUGAUUUAA